AUGGCAAAAGCACCAGAGGCUACGUUACAAAAGGCCACAGGAAAGACCAAAGGCAAAGGGAGAGUACAAACAAGCACCGACAAGUGGCAGGUACCCCCAACCCCGCCCAUGCCACUACUCCCACGCUUCCUUGAUAUCUUCGAGACCGAUUGGGAUGCCCCAAUUCGUGCCAUGUCUAUCAAGGGCUCACGCCGUCCCAACGCGUUACGGAAUUUAGAUAUCAACCCUCCAGAAACUACCGGACGACCCUUGAAUGACCGAGAAAUCCAAAUGGUCGAAUUUCUAAAAGGUACUGUUCUCUUCGACGGCCAGGCUCUCUGCACAAAGAUCUUGGUCAUGGAGGAAUGGGAUUGGCGCUAUCACGACGAUCAAGUCGAUAUCAAAGGCGCAGUGGCCCGACUGCGUGGACCGGACCGCCUGAUUCAACAUGUUGCUGCUGCGGCUGCGGCACUUGAUGGCAUCGAUCUCGAUGAGACUAGAAGCGAUUUUGCACCCCGGAGGAGAAUGCGCGAUUGGCUGAUCGUCACCAAGACAAUCCGCCAGCCGUGGGAGAACAGGAGCAGCCUUCUUGCCGCCCCCAUCCCUGCCGCUGCUAGCCCUCCGCUCUCAGAAACCCAGCAGCUCUGUGGAUCUCUGGGGAGCUUUGGGCGUAGGCUGAGGCUGAGGAAGUUGAAUCCUAAAGAGGUCAAGGCCAUGCUCUUCCUGCGAGAGAUCAUCCAUCGCCGUCAUCAAUUGGAGCACAAGGAGAUCAUGCCAACCGAAGCGUUCGAGAAGCCAACGCGAAGAGGCAAGCUCUGGGAAUGGGCGUUCGAUUGUCUGGACGCGUUGACUCUAAUUGCGGGGUUUCAGACCGGAAGAAAAUCCUGGGGAUACUGGGGGAGGAGCAAUUGA